AUGGCUUCGACAGUGAUCACCUUCAGCAAAGAUGGUGUCCAGCCUCCCGUUUUUGUUGCAGGGACAUUUACGAACUGGGUCCCUGUUGAGAUGAGCUGCGAGACCAAUGAGGAUGGAACUUAUGCCAAAGUCUUUUCCUAUACUGUGGACAUCGAUCCCGGCGAAUACCAAUACAAAUUUCGAUUGGGCCCGGGUGAUUGGUGGGUGUUUGAUGAAUCGAAACCCACAGCGAGCGAUGAUUCAGGAAAUGUCAAUAAUGUUCUUACUGUCAAGCCUGAAGACACAAGACUUCCUCCUCCGCAUCCCACAUCGAAAACUCCCAUACCUGCCAUCAGUACGGCUGAUACGCCCAAGUCGAACAGAACUCUGGAAAGACAAACCGUGAAGGAUCCGGCGACGUCCUUGCACACUGCUGAAGAGGCUCCAGACCCCGACAGGGAGGCAGAGGAUAUCGUUCAACCUAAUUUCGUCGUGGUCGAAGAAAAGCCUGUGGCUCCGAGUCAAGCACGUAUUGACAAACUCCCAUCCAUGGAGAACGACCCAAAGAGGAGGGAUGAGGGAUCAGAGAAGGUGGUUGGAAGUCUUGAUGCGAUGAGGGAGGACCACCCCAUUCCAGAUAUUGCGCCACCACCGUAUUCAGUCCAAGAGAAUAAUAUUGCAGCUUCGUCAUUUCCCCAGACAGGAUCUCCUAGUGCGGAUGCUGUUAAGGGCCAGCCCGAAUCGAAGCAGAGUGGCCAAUCAUGGUUUGCCCGAAUGUGUAGCAGAAACGACUCCGCUUUGGAUUUUGUCUUCCCUCCUCUGAAACAGCAAAUGGCGCUCUACACCACUCAAGACAAAGGGAGCAAAGAGUCCUUCAUCGGCCGGAAUCCAAGGACCAAAACACACAUGUCGGAGAAGAAGGAUCAAUGGAACUUCCAACCCACGCUCGCCCAUCCAUUGAUGAACUCUUCCUUUUCAUCCGAACAUGGAGACGUCAAGGAUGAUUCAGAGGCCAGUCCCAGUUAG